GCAGCGCGCUGGUUUUCAGCGGGGAAGGACUUCCGACAGCUGUCUCAGAAACGAUUACUCUCGGAUUAAGAGUAUCCAGGAACCGCCGGAGCGCAGAAAAAAAUUCUCCUCAAAGUUGGUUGCAACUUUAUUUCGACGGGUCCACGGAUACUUUUAACCCAUGGAAUACAAAAACAAAGUAGCUUAAAUCUUAGGGUCAGGCCUGUGAUCAACUAGCUAACUAAUAUUAGCAGCCAGCUAACCCUGCUAGUGCAAGCCAGGGUUCGCGGCUUUCGUUAGCUAGCUUGGCAGCUAACGUUAGCUGGAUAGCUCUGUUUUGAUGCGGGUCGAUUUAACGGACCUUGUCCAUUGUACCGUAUUUUCAGUCACCGUUUCGUAACUUUCAGAAAGUAAAACCACGUUUAGCAAAAUCUCCAGAACGCCUACCUGGGCAAAUUCUAAAAUAUCUUUAAAUUAUCUAUCUGGAGAAAAGAAAAUCAAAGUUAAGCAGUUGAAGAGUGUAAAUGGUGCUGGCGUGCACUACUACUGUUUGACAAGUGGGUUGUUUGUUGAUAACCUGUCCGACUAGUAAACCAGUCGUCGUCCUUCAGACUCCGGUAGUGUUCAUAAGGAAAGCUCGUGGACAGCGGCUAACCUUUUUCGAACUAAACACCGAUCAGUGUCUCUUCUGCGGCUGGCCACAAAAGCUGGCCACUCGGCGCUGCGUGCCCAAUGGAGGAACAUGACAACAUGGACUAUUUUUACCAGCAGGUUCUGCAGAAGGAUGUUACUAGAAGGCUGCAGGUCGGCCAGGACCUUAUUGACUAUCUGAACGACCCGCAACGUUCACCUGACGUGGAACAAGAUAAGCCACGACUGGAUAAAACCAUUGAUGAACUAACGGGAUGGGUAAACGCAAGCAAUUACAAGGUGGUGCUGCUGGGUAUCGACAUCACCGAGGCGUUUGUGGAGCGCUUGGGAGAGCGCUUCAAGGGAUACCUGGGCACAGUGGUCCCUGCGCUGGUGGACCGGUUAGGUGACAGCAAGGACCAGGUCAGAGAGCAGAGCCAGGCGCUCAUCCUGCGCUGCAUGGAACAGACUGCCUCGCCCAUGUACGUGUGGGAAAGGUUGCUCACUGGUUUCAAACACAAGAACUUCCGCAGCAGAGAGGGCGUGUGCGUCUGUCUCAGCGCUACCCUCAACACGUAUGGUGCUCAGCCACUGAGUCUCAGCAAAAUUGUUCCCUAUCUCUGCACCCUAACUGGAGACCAGAACCCACAGGUGCGAGAAGCUUCCACAGCAACCCUGGUGGAUGUGUAUCGGCAUGUCGGAGAAAGAGUCAGAGCAGAUCUGGGCAAGAGAGGGCUUCCUGCUGCAAGGUUGCAGACGAUAUUUGGGCGGUUUGAUGAAGCGUUGAAUUCUGGGAACAUGGCUCUCAGUCCUAGUCAUGACCGCAGUUUUGACGGUGACGACGACAGUGUGGACGGGAACCGGCCGUCUUCAGCUCAGGCUGCCUUCAAGGUCCCCAAAGUCCCCAAGAAGACUGCAGAGCCCUCCUCAGCCCGCCGGCCCAGCGCCACGGGCUCUGCCAAGAUGGGUUCGUCGAAGGAUGGUGCCGGGGUGGAUGAAGAAGACUUUAUCAAGGCUUUCACGGAUGUCCCCACUGUACAGAUCUACUCCUCUCGGGAUCUGGAGGACAACCUGAACAAGAUCCGGGAGAUAUGCUCCGAUGACAAACACGACUGGGACCAGAGAGCCGCUGCUAUGAAGAAGAUCCGCUCCUUACUGGUCGCCGGGGCGACAGAGUACGACUGUUUCUACCAGCACCUGCGUCUGCUGGACGGAGCCUUCAAGCUCUCCGCCAAAGACCUGCGCUCCCAGGUCGUACGAGAGGCCUGCAUCACUGUGGCCCAUCUGUCAACAAUACUGGGCAACAAGUUUGACCACGGAGCAGAGGCCAUCGUCCCAGUCCUCUUCAACCUGAUCCCCAACUGUGCCAAAAUCAUGGCCACCUCGGGCGUGUCUGCCAUCCGCCUCAUCAUAAAGCACACCCAUGUCCCCAGGCUCAUCCCCCUCAUCGCCAGUAACUGCACUUCCAAGUCCGUCUCCGUCCGAAGGCGCUGUUAUGACUUCCUGGAGCUCCUGCUGCAGGAGUGGCAGACUCAUUCCCUGGAGCGGCACACGGCCGUGCUGGUGGAGAGCAUCAAGAAGGGCCUGCGAGACGCCGACGCUGAGGCCCGAGUAGAGGCCCGCAAAGCGUACUGGGGUUUGAGGAACCACUUUCCAGGGGAGGCGGACGCUCUCUUCAACUCCCUGGAGCCGUCGUACCAGAAGAGCCUGCAGUCGUGUCUGCGGAGCUCCGGCAGUGUGGCCUCGCUCCCCCAGAGCGACCGCUCCUCCUCCUCCUCACAGGAGAGCCUCAAUCGGCCUCUAACGUCUAAAUGGUCUGCUGGCCCAGGGAGAGUCCCCGCGGGGUCAAAGGGCGGGGCUUCCCCGGCCGCCCUGCAGCGUUCCCGUAGCGAUGUGGACGUUAACGCGGCAGCGGUGGCAAAGCACCGGCACGUCGGGCAGCCCGUUGGGACGGGAAGACUUAAUCCCGGUUCCUACUCCUCACUGGACGAGGCGUGUGAUAAAACGGAUGGGGCCAGAUCAAACAAUGGGCGCCUGCGUACCAAGCAGCCUCUCUCCACGGCCGGUGGAGGCCUGAGCCAGGUGGACUCGCGCGGGCGCAGCCGAGCCAAGAUGGUGUCCCAGUCCCAACGUUCCGACGAAUCAGAUUGCACGCCAGGAUCUCAGUCUGCUACCCCAGUUGGUGCUGGCAGUAGGAGUGGCUCCCCAGGUCGUGUGUUGACCAGCACGGCUCUGAGCACGUUGGGCUCCGGGGCCCAGCGGGUCCUGGUCGGGGCGGGCGGGGCCAGCCACCGGCGAAGCCGCAUCCCCCGCAGCCAGGGCUGCUCGCGAGACUCCUCCCCCACGCGCCUGUCGGUCGCUCCCUCCAGCAUUAGUUCCAUCUACAACGGAGCAAGCCGAGGAGCUCGGGGCAGCCGUAUCCCUCGGCCCAGUAUGAGUCAGGGCUGCAGCAGGGAGACCAGCCGGGAGAGCAGCAGGGACACCAGCCCUGUGCGCUCCUUCACGCCCCUGGCGACGCGACACUACUCUCGCUCCACGGGAGCUCUCCAUUCAGCUGACGUUCUCGGGGCUGCAGGGUCAGGGUUGGGUAUCAGUCAGUCCAGCCGCUUGUCAUCAUCGGUCAGUGCCAUGAGAGUCCUGAACCCCGGCUCAGAUGUAGAAGAGGCUCUUGCAGACGCACUGCUGUUGGGAGACAUGCGGUCCAAGAAGAAACCCGCGCGGCGACGGUACGACAAUUAUGGGAUGUACUCUGAUGACGACGCCAACAGCGAUGCCUCGAGCGCGUGCUCGGAGCGCUCGUACAGCUCCAGGAACGGAGGGGCCAUCCCCACCUACAUGAGACAGACGGAGGACGUGGCAGAGGUGUUAAACCGCUGCGCCAGCGCCAACUGGUCGGAGAGGAAGGAGGGGCUUCUGGGACUGCAGGCGCUACUGAAGAACCAGCGCACCCUGAGUCGUGUGGAGCUGAAGAGACUUUGUGAGAUCUUCACCAGAAUGUUUGCAGAUCCCCACAGUAAGGUGUUCAGCAUGUUCCUGGAGACGCUGGUGGACUUUGUGCUGGUGCAUAAGGAGGACCUGCAGGACUGGCUGUUUGUGCUGCUCACACAGCUGCUCAAGAAGAUGGGAGCCGACCUGCUGGGCUCCGUGCAGGCCAAGGUCCAGAGGGCCCUGGACAUCACACGGGAGUCUUUCCCCAACGAUCUUCAGUUCACCAUCCUCAUGAGGUUCACUGUGGACCAGACACAGACCCCCAACCUCAAGGUGAAGGUGGCCAUCCUGAAAUACAUCGAGACGUUAACACUGCAGAUGGAGGCUCCAGACUUUGUCAACUCCAGCGAGACGCGCCUGGCCGUGUCCCGCAUCAUCACCUGGACCACCGAGCCCAAGAGCUCAGACGUCAGGAAGGCAGCCCAGUCCGUGUUGAUCUCGCUGUUCCAGUUGAAUACUCCAGAGUUCACCAUGCUGCUUGGAGCCCUGCCUAAAACCUUCCAGGAUGGAGCCACUAAACUGCUGCAGAACCACCUGAGGAACACAGGCAACACUGCACAGGCACCAAUGGGAAGCCCCCUGACGCGCCACACUCCCCGAUCUCCCGCCAGCUGGUCCAGCCCCCUCACCUCUCCCACCAACACCUCCCAGAACACGCCCUCGCCAAGUGCGUUUGACUACGACACGGAGAACAUGAACUCUGAGGACAUCUACAGCUCACUCAGAGGCGUUACCGAGGCGAUCCAGAACUUCAGCGUCCGCAGCCAAGAGGACAUGAACGAACCAGGGGGCGUGGGGGGGGGCAGUGGGUCUGAUGGGAAGGCAGCAGACGUGGUGGACGGGGGUCGGACCGCGCUGGACAACAAGACGUCCCUCCUCAACACGUCCCUGCUCUCCUCCAGCCCCCGGGGGGCUCGGGACCCCUUCUCCGAUUCCCCCUACAAACACAACAUCAAGGACACCAGCAUGGACGAGUCAGGCCAGCUCCUAGACGACAGUAACCUGGACCAGUCGGAGCUGGUUGCUGACCUGCUGAAGGAGCUGUCCAAUCACAACGAGCGUGUGGAGGAGAGGAAGGCGGCGCUGUGUGAGCUGCUGAAGCUGAUUCGUGAAAACACGCUGCAGGUCUGGGACGAACACUUCAAAACCAUCUUACUGCUCCUGCUAGAGACGCUGGGAGACAGAGAGCAUGUGAUCCGUGCGCUGGCCCUCCGUGUGCUGAGAGAGAUUCUGAGCCGGCAGCCCUGGAGGUUUAAGAACUACGCUGAGCUGACCAUCAUGAAGGCUCUGGAAGCACACAAGGACCCGCACAAGGAGGUGGUGCGAGCGGCAGAGGAGACAGCCGCCAUGCUAGCGACGUCCAUCAGCCCUGACCAGUGCGUCAAGGUACUGUGUCCCAUCAUCCAGUCAGCUGACUACCCCAUCAACCUGGCCGCCAUCAAGAUGCAGACCAAGGUCAUCGAGAGGGUCCCGCGGGACGGCCUGCAGGCCAUGCUGCCUGAGAUCGUCCCUGGACUCAUACAGGGCUACGACAACUCUGAAAGCAGUGUGAGGAAGGCCUGUGUGUUCUGUCUGGUGGCCAUCUAUGCAGUCAUAGGAGAGGACCUCAAACCACAUCUCAGCCAGCUCACAGGCAGCAAGCUGAAGUUGUUGAAUCUGUACAUCAAGCGGGCUCAGUCUGGCUCCAGUGGCAGUGAACCUCCAGAGGGCCUAUAGGAACAAACAGCACCCCUACAGGACAAACCAAGAACUACAGCUCGGAAAUCUACACCCACACACACUCACUCACACACCCUCUCACUCACACAAACCCUUAUAAACAAUGCACAGAUGUGCACAGAUUUGGAUGAAACGGAAACACACAGUCACACACACACACACGCUUACACUGAGAGACACUGACACGCAGGCUCAACCAUACCCCCCCACAGGCUCAGACACACGCUGGGUCGGACUUCCUGUUUUCCGUCGUCUUCUUCCGCCGUUACUGCUGCAGUGCAUUGUGGGACUUGUGGUGAGGAGUGCAGGAGAACGAGUGUUGUAGCUCUCCUCUAAGACGCCGAAGAUCCACCCUGCUCUCUAGCAUUCAGACUAAAAACACCCCCUGACCCUUGAACCCCGGAAGGUUAUUCUCGUGUUGUCUUGUAUCCCCGACUUAACACUCACACGCAUUCAACCCCAAGUGUGUGUCAUCCAAGCCCACUCCCAGCUCUGUCUCUCCCAAACACACCCCUCGGCCCUCGGCCUCCAUAGCAACAAGGAAGGAAGGAAGGAAGAGGGAGUUGGCGCUAUGGAAACCAGCCAGUUGUGACUAAAUAGCAGAGGCUAGGGAGAGGAAGGCAUGGCAUGGAUGGGUGGAUGGUGGGGAUUUUCUGAACAGUUGUCCAGGGUUAGGGAAGAGGAGGGGGUUUCUUUGUGUUUAUUUUGUCUGUGUGUUGGGGUGAAGGGCUGUAAAGGCUUUGAAACCCCUCGGACUCAACGGUGCUGAUGUUCACAAGGUACGACCCACCCAGCACUAAUGCUCAAAAGGCCAUACCUGCUUUUAGCUACACAGAGACUGAGGUAGACAUAAUGUGCUUGGCUAUGCAUGAGACGAUUUAUAACGAGAAACUUUUUAUCGGGAUCCUUCCUAAAGUCAGAAAGGGGUUUAAACAAAUUAUUCCCACUGCUUUGAAAAAAUAAAAUAAUCCAUGUUACCCUCCACUGCCCCCCCCCCUCCCCAUCCGUUUUAAAUCCAACCAUUUCAGAUAAGAUGUGAGUGGUUACUUACUCCAUGGAGUCAAAGUAUGACUGGACAUGGCUUAUUAUCACAUAGUGGAUUUGUAUCUAUAUACGAUAUAAAAAAAAUAAUAUCCAGUAAAAUAAUUGAGUCCCAAAAGGGGCGCGUGCGCGCACCUGUGCCCAUCCAUGGUUUUUUUUUUGGUUCUUCUGUUGCGCGUGCAGUAGUCUCUCAUUGGUUUUUCUGAUGAGGAAUUUGUAGAAAUGUAUUAUUUACAGAUCUGGAAAACUGUCAUGGCUCCUAUUUUCCUCUUCUCUUUCUCUUCUCAUUGUGACAUUAUUUCCCUCUUGUGAGUAACAUUCUAGAGUUCACUGUUUCCUCUGUGCAUUUACAAAGCUGUGCUUACAAUGAAAAUAAAGAACACUUGUACAGACCAUAAUAAACAAAGUCCUCUAUGUCAAUCAUUAGAAUACAUGAAUCUAUCUCGACCAGGUCUUAACCUCUAUGCCUCAUGGAUUCAACCCUGGUCUUAAAUCUGUGGUUGUGGACAUUUGAUGCUCCUAAAUGAUCGGCCAACUAAUUCAGAUUGGGUUGAAUUUGAUGAUGGUCUUGGUCUAAAUCAGAGUCCUGCUUGAUGUAACCUGGAAUUUGUCUUGCACCUAAUAAAUGUGUUGUGCAACGUG